AUGCAGCGCAAUCCAUCUAGUCUGAGACUCAAUAGAGGGCAGAAUAGAGGCAGAGCGGGUAGAGCCACUCGCGUAGAUACGCAACCCGCCAUUGCGACCCCAAUAACAGGCUCUUCUGUUUGUGUCGAGCACGUCGCGGUUGGCUGUAUUUGUAACCUUCCAAAUCAAAGCCAGGUGUUUGAACCUGUUUAUUGCGUUCGUUCACAUAACUGCCAACAGCCGAGCUUGCCAUCGGAAGGUUUCAGACACCCAGUCGUCAUCUCCGAACUGUACCAGAGAGAAGAUGGCGACAUCAUGGCCAAGUUCCAAUUGGUAUCAACCUGGCGAGGCGGAUAUCCACAUUCGGUUUCCCAAAGACGUCAAGGUGAAAGAGAUCACAGACUCUGGCAAGACAUAGUGAUUAUGGAUGGUGACGACGACUGUGUGGAAGAAGCAGAACACCCGAGAGAAUCUCUGCAAGAGUGGAAGGUCUGUUUUGGAUUGAAAUUUUUCUAUUAUCUGUCUAGAUAUGUUACUGCUGGACCUGGGGAAAGAGUGAACAGGGACGAGGUUGGGGUGGAAGACUUCGGGUGUCUGCGUGGAUCAGACAUCUUACAACAGGCCAAGAAACAAAAGGAAGAACGUUGGCCAGAUGGUUCUCAUCUCACUGUGGUUACCUCAACAUGA